GGGCCACAGGGGGCGCGGGGCGGGUGUUCCACGGCGGAUCAUGCCUCGCUGACCCCAGGCGGUGGGUGCGGACUCGGGAAGGGCGCUGCACUUGACCGGAGCCGUCGGGACCCCGGAGACCCGGACGCCCGUCACUCCCCCCACCCUCCCCCAGCCGCCCGUCUGCACUCCUCGGGGAUGCCCCGGGCGUGUGUCGGCGCCCAGCGGCGCGGGGAUCCCGACUCCGCGCCCCACCCGCCGGCAGACCCUUCUCGCUUCUGGCCCCGGGCAGGCGGGGGAGGUGCAGUCUUAGGGGUGCUGGGGUAACACCCAAGAACUUCCCGGGGAGAGGGUACGCGGGGGAUUUCCACAGUCCUCCCCGCGGCCCCCGCAGUGGGGCAGUGUUGGGAGGGCACUUGGGGUUGUCCCGAGGCUGUGGGUGGGGGCUGGGGGACUCCUCUUCCACUCUCCCCCCUUGCACAGCCCAAGGCGUCCCGGGUCCCUUGUCCACCGCUCCGCCCUCUCUCUCGGGUUUGUGAUGGGUGGGUGGAUUUGCGUGGGCCGAGGAUUUCAGGGAUUGGGGGCUCCCCCAUUGUAGGUCAUGCCUCCUGCCCUCUUUCUCGGCCUGCGUUGGCUGAGGUGUUCCUGUGGUGGGCGAAAGUCAGAACAUUGGCUAGUGGCCUUGGUCCGUAACCCUUUGGGUAUAUUUUAAGAUUAAGUAAAAGAAGAAUGAACAGUAAUCCAUGAAGAUAACUGGGCAGUUUUUCUUUAGGUAUCAUUUUUAAUUAUAGAAGUUCAAGUGGAGUCAGAAGCUCUUCUCGGUGCGAGGAUUUAUACAAGCCUUCGGUUUGUCAACACAGACCAACAGAUCAUCACUUUUAGAGAAGAUACUUUUUUCCCCCUGUUUUGGUGUCCCUGGUGCCAAAAACGAAAUUUGGGUGUGACAUUUUGAUUUGUGUUUGUGUCUAGGUUUUAUGACACAAGUAAUCAUAUAAACUUUUCACAUGUUUUGCUUCAAACCAAACCAAACCAAACCAUUGCAUUGAUUCUGGACUUCUUGAGAGAAUUGAUGUUUAUUUUAAUGCAUAUAUUUGAAGAAUUAAGAAAAAAGGCUUCCUCGGAGGUGUGCCUCACAAUUCUUUAUUAUUAGAGGCAAAAGAAGAAAAUUUAUAGCACUGGCAGCGAAAUUAUACUAGAGUAGAAGCGGAACCAAUAAAGUUGCAGAAUCUGUCAAGUAAGUUAGGGAGAUUUCUGUUCGAAAAUUUAAAUUUUCUAUGAGAGUAAGUUACCGUAAGUAUUGAUAUACAUUGGUUUUCUCUCUUUGAGUGAAUGACUAAAUAACAAUGCAAAUUUCAGACUUACUUAUAUAACACAACAGUUUUUAGCCAUGGCAAACCUACAAACAAAUUUUUCCUUGGUUCAGGGCUCAAAUAAAAAACUGAAUGGGAUGGGAGAUGAUGGCAGCCCUCCAGUGAAAAAAAUGAUGACAGACAUUCAUGCAAAUGGGAAAAUGAUGAUCAACAAGAUGCCAACAGUAAAGAAGGAACACUUGGAUGACUAUGAAGUGCCAAUGGAAACUGACGGGGAACAUGUCAAGCGAACCUGUGCCUCUGUGCCUGAACCUUUACAUUUAAAUCCCAGUUUGAAACACACUUUGGCGCAAUUCCAUUUAAGUAGUCAGAGCUCCCUGGGUGGACCAGCAGCAUUUUCUGCUCGGUAUUCCCAAGAAAGCAUGUCACCUACUGUAUUUCUGCCUCUUCCAUCUCCUCAGGUUCUUCCUGGCCCACUGCUCAUCCCUUCUGAUAGCUCCACAGAACUCACCCAGACUGUGUUGGAAGGGGAGUCUAUUUCUUGUUUUCAGGUUGGAGGAGAAAAGAGACUCUGUUUGCCCCAAGUCUUAAAUUCUGUUCUUCGAGAAUUUUCACUCCAGCAAAUAAAUACAGUGUGUGACGAAUUAUACAUCUAUUGUUCACGGUGCACUUCAGACCAGCUUCAUAUCUUAAAGGUCCUGGGAAUACUUCCGUUCAAUGCCCCAUCCUGUGGGCUGAUCACAUUAACUGAUGCACAAAGACUAUGUAAUGCUUUAUUGCGGCCACGCACUUUUCCUCAAAAUGGUAGCAUACUUCCUGCUAAAAACUCACUGGCCCAGUUAAAGGAAACUGGCAGUGCCUUUGAAGUGGAACAUGAAUGCUUGGGCAAAUGUCAGGGUCUGUUUGCACCCCAGUUUUAUGUUCAGCCUGAUGCUCCAUGUAUUCAGUGUCUGGAGUGUUGUGGAAUGUUUGCGCCCCAGACGUUUGUGAUGCAUUCUCACAGAUCACCUGACAAAAGGACUUGCCACUGGGGCUUUGAGUCAGCCAAAUGGCAUUGCUAUCUUCAUGUGAACCAGAAAUACUUAGGGACACCUGAAGAAAAGAAACUGAAGAUAAUUUUAGAAGAAAUGAAGGAGAAAUUCAGCAUGAGAAAUGGAAAGAGAACUCAAUCCAAGAUAGAUACACCGUCAGGAAUGGAGUUACAGUCAUGGUACCCUGUUAUAAAGCAGGAAGGUGACCAUGUUUCUCAGACACAUUCAUUUUUACACCCCAGCUACUACUUGUACAUGUGUGAUAAAGUGGUUGCCCCAAAUGUGUCACUUACUUCUGCUGUAUCCCAGUCUAAAGAGGUCACAAAGACAGAGGCAAGUAGAUCUAUACCAAGACAGUCAGAGAAGCCUCAUAGUAGUGGGAAACAUCAAAAAAUGGCUUCUUACCCAGAUGUCUCACUGGAGGAACAGGAGAAAAUGGAUUUAAAAACAAGUAGAGAAUUAUGUAGCCGUUUAGAUCCAUCAAUCUCAAAUAAUUCUACAAGUAAAAAGAAACCCGAGUCUACCACUUGCAAUUUCAUCAGAGACACAAGCAAGGCAGGAAUAGACCAUGAUACUGCAGCUUCAUCUCCACUUCUUGUCAAAGAUAUCAUUUGUGAGGAUGAUAAGGAAAAGAUCAUGGAAGAAGUAAUGAGAACUUAUGUAAAACAACAGGAAAAACUGAACACAAUUUUGCAGAAGAAGCAACAACUUCAGAUGGAAGUUGAAAUGUUGAGUAGUUCAAAAGCUAUGAAGGAGCUCACUGAAGAACAGCAGAAUUUGCAGAAAGAGCUUGAAUCUUUGCAGAAUGAACAUGCUCAUAGAAUGGAAGAGUUUUAUAUUGAACAGAAAGACUUAGAGAAAAAAUUAGAGCAGGUAAUGAAGCAAAAAUGUACCUGUGAUUCAAAUUUAGAAAAAGACAAAGAGGCUGAAUAUGCAGCACAGUUGGCAGAACUGAGACAGAGAUUGGACCAUGCUGAGGCUGAUAGGCAAGAACUCCAGGAUGAACUUCGACAGGAACGGGAGGCAAGACAGAAGUUAGAAAUGAUGAUAAAAGAGCUAAAGCUGCAAAUUUUGAAAUCAUCUAAGACUGCUAAAGAAUAGAAACCUUCAAAGAGAUUGAUCUGUGUAUUCUCAACAGGGUUAUUUUUGUUUGUUUAUUUGCUUUGGCUAUUGAAUUAUGAAUAACUUGUCUGCAUGAAGAUAACUAGGCAUCCUAUCCAUUUGUAGAUCAGAGAAAGUGAAGAGAUUGAUUAUAUAUUAGUACAUAAAUUUUUACAUUUUCCAAAUGAAUGAAAAUGUAUGUUUCUUUGUACUUUUUUUUUCAACCGGCUUAGAAACAGCACUAUAUGGUUUGAACUAUUAGAUAAUCUGCCUAUAUUUGUAAUGCAAAUUUAGCAGUUGUAUACUUUUUAAAAGCUGCAUUGUGUGAUAGUUGUGGUCACAGUUUUGUUACCCAUAUAUUAGAUUCAAUUUUACAUACAAUGGUGGUUUCAUAUUUCAGAUAUAUAGAGCUACUGAAGGAGUUGAAUCUCCAUUUUUUUCGUUAACACAGUCUCCUUUCUAAAUUGAUAUAGUAUACUCAUUAUUAUACAUAAAAUGUGCUUUUAUUUCGUAUUAUAGAAUGAAUUUCCACCAGUUCUCUUUUUAAUGUCUCUCAAGAGGCAUUUUAUCAAAAGAGGAAUUUCAUUGAUGAGGUUAUAGCACUCCCCAUAGGCAUAAUGAGGAAGGAUAACAUCGUUAUACACUGCUAUUAAAUAAAAGAAGCAGUUGUAAUUUGUUUUUUGGUUUCAAUGUGGUUAUAUUUAGAAUUUUUUUUAUGCAGCAACUUCAGAAGAGGGAAUAAAAUGUAAUAAUUUUUGGACUUUUGUUUAUGUUGUUAAUAGAGGUGUGAAAAUAUUAAUGUUCUUGAGAAAAACUGAUACCAUUGAUGUACAUCAGUUUGUAUACAAUCCAUAAUCCUCCUGUACAGUUUUUAUAUGUAGUUAUGGGUCUUACUGAAAUUUAUAUAAUAGAUUUGUUUUCCUUAAUGGGUUUGUUUUUCCUUAAAUUGUAAAAUAUUAAACACCUUGAAGGUUAUUUUGGAUUUUUGUAUGUUUAAAUGUUAAGUCUUAUCAAUAUUUGCACGAAUGGACCAUUUUCAAUUACUACUUAAUAUCCAAAUCAGGAAUUUACAGUCAACUGGUAGUGUAUGGUAGGUUAAUAUAGGGAAGUUUAGUUACCUGCUACUAAAAGGUUUUUAGUUAAUUUUUAGAAGACAAAGGAAUUCCAUAGGUUGGGGGAGGGGCAAAUCUUCUGCACUUUUUUUUGCACAGAAAAGUCUGUCAUUCUUUAAUGGCAAAUUUCAUAUUCGUUAAUUCUUGGCUUAAAAGAUACUAGGUAAAAUUCUUAGUAUGCAGUUUUUAAAGGAAGUUUCCUGAAGCUACCAUUAAUUGACAUUAUUAUUCCAGGAAUUUUAUGUUUAUGUUCUCAUGUAGGGUACUGUAUGAAAUUACUUGAGAGCUAAAUUUAUUUUUAAAAUAGAUCAGCUAGAGUUAAGGUUGUAUACAAUUCCCAGCGUAGACAAGAGAUACUCUACUGGUAUAGACCUUCAAAAAUCAGUAGGUUAUCAUUUAGCCAGUUAUUUUCGUAUUUCACUUAAUGGUACUUACAUAUCUUAGAAGAAUUUUUGUACUUCUCAAAGUAUAGUUUCUUUACUAGAGUGUGAUGUAAAUGUGUAUUUUCUAUUUGCCAUUUAAAUUUUACUAUAUUACCCUGCAAUUUAAUUUGUUGAUUCUUGGUUUCCUCAAGGAGGAACAAAUGUUAAAAAUGAUAUACCCUCCUGAUACCUUUUAUUUAGAUCUGGAGAAAGAAAAAUCACAAAGACAUCUUAUGAUAAAGUUCAUUUUAGUUGUGUCACAGCUAAGCUUUUUGGGAGAUAAACUCAAGCCCCUAUAAUUUUGUUUUUCUAAUUUACUAAAAAAUCUUAGUGCUUAUGUUACUUAGUAAAUGGCAAGCUUACUUAAGUUUCAACCCAAAACUUCUAAAAUAAAUUGCUUACUCUUUGAAAUAUUUUAUUUUAAAAUUCUUAGCAGUGCUUAAACAUCUUUGAAUCAUCAUAAACUCUUAAGUUAGAAUUGAGUAAAGAAAUAUUUUUCCUAGUCCUUCGCAUUAGGAAAACUUGCCACAUAAAAUUGUAUCGUCUUCAUUUUCCAGAAGAUCAUGAUGUGCCAUAGGUUUCUGUCUAACUUCCUUGAAAAUAGAGCUUUUUAGUCAAUUGUAAAUAUUAUACCUAUUCUAGUUAAAAGUAAUUUUAAGUUAAACUGCACCACAUAGGUUAAAAAUAGAGAGAUUUUGUAAUACUUUAAAAGUGGCCUCUGCUGAAAUAUCCAUAUAAACUUAUUCUUCUAUUCUUUGCAUGCUCAUUUUGUGUGUUGGUUGCUAGCUUAAAGUUUGUUUUGGUGUUAGUUUUUGUGUGCCAAUUUGUUAGGCAAGCAGAUUUUUCCUCAGACUUUGUAAUAUUAUUCUUUUUAGGAAAAAUAUAAAAAUAUUUACUUUAAAAAACUGCAUUAAAGGAACGGCCUAUCAAAAGCGUAGAGCAUCUUAAGAAGGAAGAAAACAUAGAGUAUUAGCUUACUGGGUGAUGGGUGAUGUUUCAUUUGGGUAACAAUAGUUUCUAUACUUUAAUUGUUGUGAGUAAAAGGUACCAAAUCUAUAAAGGUAGUAAACGUAAAACCUGUUGUCACUGAGGAAGCUCUAACCAGCUGAUUUCACAAAUGCAACUUGUAACAACACUAUGAAAGGAUUUGACCAGCAACGCAACUUUGGCUUGUGCUUUAGUUUUGUAAAGCAUAUUCUUUUGCUUCUAUUUCUGUGUCCAUGAGAGUCAGGAUGUUUUAUGCUUCUUGAACUAAUUUUAUAGCAUAUUUAAUAUAUUACCAGUUGAGAUAUAAAAUCAUUUGUACAUAUUGAAUUAAGAACCAGUUACUAAAGUAGGUGAAAUAGACGAGUACGAUGAUAUUUGCAGGUUAUCCAUAGGUUUUAGAAGUCAUGACGGAACAACCAAUUUAUUUGCACAUCUGGGGCUUCUGUUUGAAGGAAAGUAGAGUAAGGAAACUCAAGUAAUACGAAACAUGUUCAAGGUAUUUCCCUGAAAUUGUCAAGCUGGUUCUGAAGGUUUUUGAUCAGCUUCUAAAAUUUUCUUCUCAAUGACUUACGUUUUGAUAGCUUUGGGGAAAAUCCUCAUUUUCAUUUGCUCUUAUGCAUUUAAUCCGCACGACAGGACAUUAAAAAUCAAUAUAAUGAAAAGUUGUGCUCAUACUGUACAUCUAUUUCUGUGCUUAGAACUACUUGUUAAUUUUUAUUGAAGCUGUCAGCAAUAAGGGACACAUUACUGCUGUAUUAUACAUUGUGGGAUUGAAUAAAAAGUUUAAAUUUUUUUCUAGUAUAGGAUACUGAAGCAUUUCCUUAUUGGAAGAAAUUUGGGUAUUCUAUAUUGCAUCUUGUUUAAAAGGACAGUUUUUUUUUUGUUUUUAUGUUUCUUUUUAUUUUUGUAGAAUCUUUCCAUUUUAGAUGGCUUUGAAAACUGUAAUGCGAUCUGGAGCUUGUUUCUUUAGUAAUAGAAUUAAAUGUCUUAUAUAGUGCUACUGUUUUGAAUUAGAAAGUGAUCAAAUGUAAAAGCUGAAAUUUAAAAAUUAAGCCCAGAAAACAAAAUAGUAUAUUAAGUUAGUUGAAUGUAAAAGAAAUUUAUGAGAUUUUUUUUCUUCAAUAUAGAUACCUCACUUGAAAAUAAAGCACAGCAUACUUAAAGUAGUUCUAGUAAAAAAAAGUCCUGCUAAAAGAAUUGCUUAAUCUAGGACAACUUUGGGGGAAUUAUAGUUUGGGAGAAAUAAAAUAUACUUGCUUUUAACCAUCCUGUUAGAAGUAUUUGCUUAUCCUGAUAAUUUUAAGCCAACACAGUAGUCUUAAAUUAUUUCUGAAUUUCUAACCUGUGAAGGCAGUAAGUAUCUGUUCUGCAACUCUUGAAACAGGUUGUUGACUACAUUGACCAUAAUUCAAUUUAAAAUUUUGCCAAUGAUGUACAGUUUUAUGGUUAAAAUUGCUGUGGUUGGUUGCAUCACACGACACACAAAACUGUCCUCUACCUCACGUGAAAUAAAUAUUUUAUAUGGUUUUACUAUAAAACAAGACUCAUCUAUCUGGUCACUUAGUUUACAAAUUUUGAAUUAUAUUUAUUGAAACAUGACAUACUGUGCUCUCAGCUUAUACCUCAAUCGUAUUUUGUGCUGUUUUCCAUUUUCAUGCCUUGUAAAUAACUUGUAUAGAUUGUGGAUUAAAUUCAGAAUAAAAACUUUUAAUGCCAACGAAA